ACGACUUCCUGUGGCGGAAAACGAUCAAAACGCCAGACAAGCUCCCCUAGUCCUGUUUCAGGCCACCGUGUUCCCUACAAGCUAUUCACACAGGUCUGCCGUGCUGCAACCCUCCACACACACACACACACACACACACACACUUUUACAGACACACACACACUGUGUACUGGCUGCUAGCUAUUCUGAGCUGACUCCCUCAUCCUUCGAAGAGCUGGGAUUUUGGAAGCGAAAUGAACGAGGCAAGUGACGGUUAAGGAUGUAGAGUGACCUCAACUGCUCCUAAGAAUAGGUUUCAGCUGACAUGGAAAACUCUCCUUUGGAUCAAAUAUGAUACUAAACUUGACUAAUGGGAGUUGCCACCUCCCCCUGGAGACCGACCGAGAUGGUCUGACCUACAUCUACAGCCUGGCCUUCUCCCUGGGCCUUCCUGCCAACCUGCUCUCUUUGUGGGGACUGUACCAACUGGGCCGCUCCGGCGGGGGUGGCUGCCAGCUGGUCUACAUCCUCAACCUGCUGCUGUCGGACCUGCUCCAGCUGCUCACACUUCCGCUGUGGAUCAUCUACCUGCAGAGGGCGCACCGGUGGGCGUACGGCUCGGUCGCCUGCCAGCUGGUGGGCUACGUCUUCUACGUCAACGUCUACGCCAGCGUGGUGUUCCUGUGCCUGAUCGCGCUGGACCGCUGUCUGGCUAUCGUCUACCCGCUGAGCAGCAGAAGGUUCCGGAAAGUGCGCGUGGCGGCGCUAUCCGGGGUGGCCGUGUGGACGCUGACGUUCCUGUUCUGUCUGAGCGGGCUGUACCCGUCCGUGUUCGAGCCAGAGAGAGGGCUUUGCUUGGAGCAGUACCCCAUCAGCCCACGCUACGCCAAGUUCAAGAUCGCUACGGUGGCCCUGGGCUUUCUGCUGCCCUGCUGCAUUCUGGGAGUCACCUCGGCCAGGAUCAGGGUCACCCUGCGCGACUCGCCGUCCGUCUCGACCCAGGAGCGCCGCCGCAUCGUGGGGACGCUCGUCGUCAUCACCGUCAUCUUCAUCGUCGUCUUCGGGCCGUACCACCUGGUGGGGGGCUACCGCUUCAUGGCGCUGCUGCUGACGGAGGACCCCUGCCACCUGGAGCGCUCACUCUACCUGUGCUACCGCAUCUGCUACGGCCUCACCAGCCUCAACACCCUCCUGGACCCCCUCUUCUACAUCUUCCUGUGCCACAACGCCCGCCACGAGCUCCGGCGCUCCUUGCCCUGCCUGAGCAAAGGCACGAGCCCCACGAAAGGGGUCCAGUUCAAGCCCAAGGUCAAGAUGAAGGUCGGCGGCGGCGGCGGCAGUGGACGCACCAGACAGCUGGACCAGAGUGACAGCGUGUAGGGCGACAGACCAGAACAGACGAGACAAGACAAAGAGACAGGCUGGGUCUCCUAUGUGCUAUAGAUGCUUAUCUACGGACACACAGCGCGAGAGAGAACUGCAUGUGCAUGUGCAGGAUUUACUAUUGACGACACCCUGGCCUCCUUUGGAACAAACCAGCGCUAUCAGUGCCUGGUAACCGAUUCUAUCAAGAUGAGUCAUUAAGGCUGAGACGCUGGAACUUCAUUCCUGGCAUUGUAUUCUAUGUGUGGGCAGGUGUGGGCACGUGUGAGGUCACAAACAGCUGGGGUGACUGAGGAGUGGGGUUGUGGGCGGGGGGGGGGGGGUCAAAGAGGUGGUGAAGGGGUCUUUUCCUCUUUGUCAGUUUAGGAUGGGAAUACUUGUCUUAAAAAUUGGGGUGGGUUUUCCAUGAGUAAGCCUACUGUACACUACACAAGGAUAGGCUAUUUACUUUUUCUCUCAAAGGCAGACUGGCUUUCAGUAACCCCACACAUUAUGUGGCAUGUCUAACAAGUCGAGGGCGCCACCUGCAGUCCGUGGAAGCCUUUGUCAACCUGUCGACUUCAGUGAACUGAAGUGUUUGCUAAUUAUGCUAUUUUAUCUCUGCCACAUGCCGUCACAAAAUUAGAUACUAACAAAAUGUCUUUUACUCUUCGUGUGAUUAAUGUUUCGUAACAAAAAGAAUCAAGCCCUGCUUAAAGAAUAUUGCAAUGGGAGAGGAAGUGAGCCUAAACGCUAUGCUGACAUUGAAGUCAGCUAGAACUUUGGGAAGUUAUAGCUUACAACUUUGCAGUAAUUUGGUCCGACUUCUGUCCCCGAUUCCAUGACAUUUUCCAUACGUCCUUCAUCCUUUCUCUUGACCCUAUUCCAACAUUUCUACUGAUUAAACAACAAUGUGGUGUCUGAUUCUGGCAAAACUGUCAAGGAUUGAAGCCUGUUUGCCAAAUUGCCAUAAUGCUUUGAAGUUUAAAUCGCACGUACAAGCCAAUGAAGGAACAUCUGAGCGGAGCGUGUCGCCCCUCAUCCAGUAGGCUAGGCUAGUCAUAGGCGCCACGCUGUUUAAAAGAUAUCCAUAUACACCAAUCCGUUUAUUUGUGUGUAGCCCUUUCGAUCUCGCAUACAAAAGACUUAGAUUGUAGUACUUUCAGGUGUAUAAAAACAAAAACGUAGCCAAAUCUUUUAUUUCAUUUUUGUAUUUAUUUUUUAAAUGAACAUAUCUUAUUCUCAUAGCCUACCUAUUCUAAUUUAAGAUAAAGAAUAAUGGGCGACAUGGUGUUUUGGUAGCAGAAAUUAAGGUGCAAAAAGGUGGCAAGUUCUGAAAUAAACAAAUAUGAUGUCAACACAAAAUCUUCAAAAUUCGUAUCUAUUUAUUUGUGCAUUUACCGCAAACGUUGUUUUUUCCAUUAAAGCCAAUAGGGGGCGGUCCAGUCCUGCAAAAAUCAGAGCCUAGAGAUAACCCAGAUCUAGGGCUCUGGCAAAAAUGAAGAGGUCUCAGUCAUUGGAUGUUAUGUCCACUAAAUGAAUGAUUAUCAGUUCUGAAAUGAUGGGCUCACAUGGUGUUUUUAUCAUGAGAAACAUUGCUACAAACGUGUGUCUUUGUGUAUUUGUUUGUGUGUGUGUGUGUGUGUGUGUGUGUGUGUUCAAGUGUUCCCCUUCUCAUGGAAAAAAACUAGAAUGAAGUACAAACUUUAAGCACAGAAUGUCUACUCUACACUGUCAUAACAAAUGAAAGAAACAAGUGAUACUUUUUGUCUAUUAAAGAAACAGGAACAUUGUCACUUUCA